UUAAAUCAAAGUUUGUUUGUGAAUUUGCUUUGAGGGUUAUGUGUAUCUCAAGAGAGUUUUGUAAAUUCUUCAACAAAAGUAUACGGAUUUGAUCCAUUGAGCACUUAAGUUUCCAAUUUUAUAGUAUUCAAUUUUACAAUGCCAGAAAUAGGGGAAAAUGGUGACGGCUGGUCAGUUGACUGUUCAUCAGAUGAGGAAAAUGGCUCUAGCAAGAUUGAGCACAUACCUCCCCCAAGUGAAAGAGUACGCCUGUAUGAAACUUUGGAUAGUACAAAUGGACCGCUUCCCAUUCAAUGGAACUGGCCCCAUGGGAGAAGAGCACCAUUGGAUUCUUCAGGAUUCAUUGAGGAAGAUGAUGAAGAAGAGGAGUCAAUAAAAAUUGAAGAGAAGUCUGACUUUGAUUUUGAUUUUGACGAGUCAGCAACUCCAAUUUUAAGAAAAGGGAAAGCAUCUGGACCUAAAGGAAGUGCUAAGAAGAAAACAUCAAGCUUUUCAGGAAUUCUGUCAAAUAUGAGAAGACACCGUCAGCAAGAACGCAUGGAGAAAGAGCAGUCUACGACAGUGAGAACUAAACGUUAAAAAGAUUCCUACCAGAUAAGUUGCUUUUCCUUACCUAAGUCACCAUGCGUAUUAAGAGGUGAUAAACCUUUUACUUCUACCGAAUAGUUGAGAAUGUGCAAUACUUGUAUGAAGGAUAGUCCUUAAAAGAAAACAGAAGUCAGAUGCCUGAACAUGUUUGAUAUAGAUUUUCUCUCUGAAAAGCUCAAUGUUUGUUGGGUUUACAAUGUACGGGUAUAAUGGCUUUUAAUCAUCCUUCAAAUUAGAUUUCUGGGAAGGACGAGCCAUAAUCAUUACGAGAAUCGACACUAAAUAAACUAUUAAUAUCUGUAAA